UCUCUUCCGCCACGACAGUACGCAGCAUCUCGUGAUCAUCAUUGUUCGUUUUGUUUUUGUACCCAACUUGCGUGCCCCCGCCCCUCUCCCUUCUCGAGGCCGUAUAGGUAUGCUGACCAUGGCAUCAGGACGUCGUAAGCGGCUCUACCCUGUCGUAUUAGCUUCGCAGCGAUCUCACACGAUGUGUCCCACUGACAAAAGGGAGGAGGGGACGUGGACUACAGCAGGGCGGCGAUCUACGCCAUCGUGGAUAGCGGCGGAUUCCCCGAGCUGUCGGCAUCACGCGACGGCAGCGCAAGAUCCCAGCGCCACCCUUCGCCGAGGCUCACCCCGGCCUCACUCGUCAUCCGCGAUCCGGCGUGAUGACGGAACGUUGACAUCAGACUGGACCCGGGGCGCAUCCGGGUCCCCUUGUUCUCCGCCCCUUCGCGUCUGCGCCGACCCGUUUUAUCAUGCGCAGGGCGUCAUACUCGGUAUCCAUGUCAGGAUCGGGCGAUCCAUCUAUCCUGUGGACAGCACCCCCUAUCUUGCAUGUCUCCCCCGCUCCUUGCUCACGCGCUGUCGCUUUAAUCGGCCGAGAGAGCAGUCUGCUAUGGCACAUGGCGGUACCCAGAAGGCUGGCGAUCGAGAUAGUCCUAUUCAGGCAUAGAUGCUCGGUAUGCAAACCGCAUGUCAUACUGCAUCAAGACAACAACAACCUAUCCCCGCUGUUCGCCAGCCUCACAAGGAUUCCAACCUGACGAAGAGUCCUGUGCCCCCUCCCUCUUAUUUUUCCCCUUGUCCCUUCCCCCCUAAACGAUCC